AUGCCUCCCAAAGCCGCUGCCGCCGCUCCCAAGAAGUCUGGCCACGCCAGUUAUCAGGACAUGAUCACUGAUGCCAUUGUCAACCUCAAGGACCGAAAGGGCUCUAGCCGUCAAUCCUUGAAGAAGUAUGUCAAGGCCAACAACACUCUCAAUGUCACCGACAACAUGUUCGACUCUCUCUUCAACAAGGCCUUGAAGGCUGGUGUCGACAAGGGUGUCUUUGAGCAGCCCAAGGGUCCCUCCGGUGGUACCAAGCUCGCCAAGAAGCAGCCUGAGGCGAAGAAGCCCGCUGCUCCUAAGAAGCCUGCUGCUGAGAAGAAGGAGGCCGCUGAGAAGCCUGCUGCGAAGAAGCCUGCUGCUAAGAAGGCCGCCGCCCCCAAGAAGGCUGCUACCGAGAAGAAGGCUGCUGCCCCCAAGAAGGCCGCCGUUGAGAAGAAGACGACCGAGAAGAAGGCCGAGAAGGCCGAGAAGGCUGAGAAGCCUGCUCCUGCCAAGAAGCCCGCCGCUCCCAAGAAGGCUGCUGCUACCAAGAAGGCCGACAAGGCUGAGAAGCCCGAGACCGCUCUUACAAAGACAAAGACAGGUCGCGUCACCAAGACCACCAAGGCAGCACCCGUAAAGAAGACUGCUGCACCUAAGAAGGCAGCACCCAAGAAGACUGCUGCCAAGGCGUAA